AUGAGUGACCCUUUCAGUGGGCUUUCGUUCAAGGUUGGGGUGGCCGAGAAUAAAAACUCCACUUACCGCAAUAAGAUGGAGGAUGUCCACACCUACAUUGCUAAUUUUGCUGAACGUGUCGACUGGGGGUACUUCGCCAUCUUCGACGGGCAUGCUGGUAAGGACACAGCGAGGUGGUGUGGUAACAAUCUUCAUCAAUUGUUGGAGAAGGAGAUCAAUUCUCAUGAGACCACUCUGGCACCGCUCAUGGGUAAGCAUGAUUUGCGUGAGUCGUUAAACCAAGCAUUUAGCAAGGCAGAUGACUCAAUUGAAAAAGAGGGCCUGGGAUCUCUGGGUUGUACGGCAGCUGUGGCCGUAUUAAGAUGGGAGACUGACCCUCUGAUUGAUCAAUCGCUGACGCCUCAAGUAGAGAAGCAUUCGAGUUACGAGUUUGUUCCCCAAUCGUACCACCGACGGGUGCUCUAUACGUCCAAUGUGGGUGACUCUCGCAUUGUUCUCUGCCGACGUGGAACGCCCUAUCGAUUAUCGUACGAUCACAAGGCUACGGACGUGAAUGAAAUAAAUCGGAUUAGGGAACAAGGCGGUCUCAUCAUGAAAAACCGGGUGAAUGGGGUUUUGGCGGUGACGCGACUGCUUGGGGACUCUUACAUGAAGGACUUGGUCAUUGGUAAGCCAUUCACUACACAAACUACAAUCACUGACGAGGAUGAGUUCAUGAUAAUAGCGUGUGAUGGUGUCUGGGAUGUCAUACUGGAUCUGAAGGCAUGCCAAUUCGUCGUUGAUCAAUUCGCGGAGCAACUUGAUGUACAGACAGUGGCAAAGAGGUUAUGUCAACUCGCGAUGGACCUUCUGACCACUGAUAACGUCACAGUGAUGGUCGUGAAGUUUGAGCUGGGUGUUUUUGGCGAAACCAAGCCUGUUACGAACUAA